UCGGACCGCCAAGCUCGCCUACAAAGGUCGUGACAAAGCAUGUCUACGCGAGGGAGCGCCCGUGGGAAGAAGCGCGACGGAGUCCUUGACGACAGCCAAGGGCAGGGAAGAGGUCGGCGGCAUGUCCCGAAGGCGAAGAGGGUGCGUUCGGAUAAUGCGUCCGCAAGGGUGGUUCCUUGUGGAGCGCAAGGCUGGGCGGCAGCGGCGGAAGGGGACUACGACGAAGAAGACUUCAUGACGGAGGAAGAGCAGGCAGAGGCGACCAUGUCUGCAUCACAGGAGAGCAGUCAGCAGCGAUCUUCUGAUCAAAGCGCUCCGAAGAGGAUGCUAACCCCUCCACCCGAGGCGCAACAACUGCGUGCCCACGAAAGGCGGACAAAGAAGGCUGCCAUCGUCGAUCUUGGCGGCGAUGAUGACGAGCCCUUGGAAAAACGUCGCCUGCGCACUCGUACAACAGCAACCCCACUGCUGGCAGUGGUGGCGCACGCUGCGGUAGACGAAAGGCCAGUCACGGGUAGACUACCCGCCACGCCGUCUCAGCCACGUCACCCGGGUGAAGACAGAAGGUCCGUCCAACGCGGCGGCGGGGGCGAAGUCGUGGCAGACGCGCGCGAAGUUGGGGGCGAGCCAACAGGUGCUGCGGGUGUGGGUGCUUCAGGCACUGUGGCCCCCGUUGCGACGGCGAGAGAGGAGGCAGCAGUUGUGGCGACUGCGAAAGAGGAUGCGCAUGGCGAGAAGAAAACCGAUCGGGAGGGCGGCAAGCCAGGUUCAAGCCGGGUACGUAGGGGAGUGAUGACGAAAGACCUCAUCGAUCGUUUCGUCCUUUGGGUUGAUGACAAAGCUUUCUGGACGACGGGGGAGGGGCGAAGACUUUACAACAUCGUCCACGAAACAAGAGAGUACUUUGUCGCCAUCGCUAGCGGACUUCCACCGCCUGCCGUCCCUCGGAGCGUCAUACUGCCCAAAUCCACCACGAGGGUAGCCAGGAUCGCCGACCAAUCACAGCUGCAGCAAGCGAUCUCCAGUGCGACGGCAGUGGAGAACAUUGCUUUGUGCAUCUUGCACGACUGGGUAUUUAAGUCGGGGAACCGCCCAAGGGGAUACAAUGUGGCUUUCCAGUACUCGCGGAGUCCGUAGCGACGGACAUUGCACGUGCUAUGCGGUACGGCGAGGAGUGGUGCAACGUCGUCAGUCCAACGGUUUGCGCGCACACGAUAGA